AUGCCUGAGGUUUGCACUGCUCCAGCUGUGUUUCUGCUCCUCCUCCCUCUGUGUGCCUGGGUGGGAUGGGGGUGUCCAAGGGAAGCGUUUCUCCCGUUUCAGAAAGUGCCAGGAACCUCUGUGCCCGUGGGGUCAGACCCCGUGCCCCGGCAGCCUGAGCCCUCUCUGGGUGCCCAGCUGUGCCCCCGGGAGCAGUCAGGGAGGAGCUGUGGGCGCUGGGAAUGCAGCCCCGGGCAUGCAGCAGGGCACGGCAGUGAGUGCUGGGGAAAGGGAGAGCAGUUCCUCAGGCGGGCAUCAGCGGGGGAGCUGCAGAGCCAACAUCUCCCAUGGGAGCCAGGGCCCCUCUCUGGCUCCCAGCCUCACAAACAUCCUGGUCUUGGCCCCGUGCCCCUGCAGGGACGGCUCUUGGUGCUCCGACACAAGUGCCAGUGUUUAUAUGGAUCCCACGGCCCCUCCCGCCCACCUCUCCCUCCUCCCAGUCGUGUCUCACCGCCUCCCUCAGCCCCCUCUGCCUUAGUCAGCUCUGCCUUGUUUUGCUCCAAAAGCCUGAACGUUUUGCACUCGAAUAUAAAAAGUUACUCUCAGAGCUCAGCAGGCUGUACCAGGUGUGCAGCCCCGCCAGCAAUAGGUGCUUCCACAUCUCCUGUUUGCAGCAAUACCUGUUCUGUUCCCAGCAAUACCUGUCCUACUGCCUCAUCUCCUAUUCCAAAUACCUGUUCUGUUCCCAGCAAUACCUGUUCUGUUCCCCCAUCUCCUGUUCCCAGCAAUACCUGUCCUACUCCCUCAUCUCCUAUUCCAAAUACCUGUUCUGUUCCAGCAAUACCUGUUCUGUUCCAGCAAUACCUGUUCUGUUCCCCCAUCUCCUGUUCCCAGCAAUACCUGUUCCCUCCUUUCCUGCCUUUCCAGCAGCAGGUGCUUUGACAUCUCCUGCCUUUCCAGCUAUAGGUGCUUCCACAUUUCUUGCCUUUCUAGCAAUACCUGUUCUGUUCCCUCACCUCCUGCCCUUGCAGCAAUGGGUGUUUCCAUACCUCCUGCCUUUCCAGCAAUACCUGCUCCUUCCAUCUCCUGCCUUUCCAAGAAUACCUGUUCCCUCAUCUCCUGCCUUUCCAGCAAUACCUGCUCCUUCCAUCUCCUGCCUUUCCAGGAAUACUUGUUCCUUUCCCUCACCUCCUGCCUUUCCAGCAAUGGGUGCUUCCAUAGCUCCCAUUUCCAAGCAAUAUCUGCUCUUUCCAUCUCCAGCCUUUCCAGGAAUACCUGUUCCUCCUCUCCUGCCUUUCCAGCAACAGGUGCUUCCACAUUUCUUGCCUUUCUAGCAAUACCUGUUCUGUUCCCUCACCUCCUGCCCUUGCAGCAAUGGGUGUUUCCAUACCUCCCUGCCUUUCCAGCAAUACCUGCUCCCUCAUCUCUUGCCUUUCCAGGAAUACCUGUUCUGUUCCUUCACCGUACAUGCCUUUCCAGCAAUGGGCGCUUCCACAGCUCCCAUUUCCAAGCAAUAUCUGCUCUUUCCAUCUCCUGCCUUUCCAGCAAUGCCUGUUCCUCACCUCCAGCCUUUCAGCAAUUCCUGUUCUAUUCCCUCAUCUGCCUUUCCAUCAAUGGGUGCUUCCACACCUCUUGCCUUUCUAGCAAUACCUGUUCUGUUCCCUCAUCUCCUUCCCUUGCAGCAGUGGGUGUUUCCACAUCACCUGCCCUUGCAGCAGUUCCUGUUCUGUUCCCUCACCUCCAGCCUUUCAGCAAUAGGUGUUUCCACAUCUCCUGCCUUUCCAGGAGUAGCUGUUCUGUUCACCCUCAUCUCCUGCCCUUGCAGCAAUAGGUGUUCCCUCAUCUCCAGUCUUUCCAGGGAAUACCUGUUCCCUCAUCCCCAGCCUUCCCAGCAGUACCUGCUCCUUCCAUCUCCAGCCUUUCCAGCAAUCCCUGCUCCCCCAUCUCCCGGUGUGCAGCAAUCCCUGCCCCUCCCAGGGGCAGGAGCCCAGGUGUGCAGGGCUCCCUGGGUGCUGCACAGUGUGGAGCAGUGAUGGGUGCUCUGUGUCUGUCCCCCAGAGUUCAGCAGGUCCCUCCCUGUGCUUGGGACAGGUGUCCUACAGAUGCUCCUGUCUCUGUUCUGUGUUUCCCCACCCUCUGGGCUGAAGCUCUGGGGUUUCCCCCUCAGCACACAGAUUUGGUUCUGUGCACAAGGGCAGCACAGCAGCCCUGCAGUGGGGUCUGUGGUGGUGCUGGUGUUAAACCUCCACCUUCCCAAGGCAAUGGUUCUGAGGACCUAAAUGCUUCCCCAGAGAGGGAGGGGAUGAGGAAGAGAACUGGGGAAAUGCUCUCAAGUUGCCCAUCUGGGAUUUAUCUCCGUGCUCAGUGACUGAAUCUGCUGUUUAGUGAUUUACUUGGGCUCCCAGGGGCAGGAGCAGCGUUCCUGCUCCACGUCCUGGCUGUGCCCUGAGCUCUGUCCCUCUCUGCUGAGCCCCAGCACUCCCCCAGGGUGUUCUGGGCCAGCAGCAACCUCUCCUGUUCUGUUUCAAGCCCAGCCAUAACACCCCCUGUGGUUUUGCCUUUCUCCUGGCGUUUGUUUUCCACUCCUGAGCUGUUCCCCCGAGGCUGCAGCAGGGUGCUGUGCUCUGCCUUGCUGCCAGCCCACAGCUGGGCUCUUGCUUCGCCCCACAGCUUGGGCCAUUUCUUUUCCCCUUGCCUGGUCCUGCUGGCCACGUGUGGGCCAGGAGAGCCACCAAGGUUUGUCCUCAAACUGGAACAGACCUGAGGGAUGUGGAUUCUCCGCUGUGAUGUAGACUCAGCCUUGUCUGGGGGGGAGCCCCCAGUUUGGGGUUAAAAACCUGGAAAAGCAUCCCCAGGUGGGAGAAGUGUGGGGUUUGGAGUUGUUGGUUUCCCUCUCUUCACGUCGCAGGAAGUGGGUUCUGUGUGUCUCAUGUUUUAAAGAGUUGCAACUAAUGUUUAUAAAGAGCUUGUUAUUUACGUUUUAAGCACUUUAAAAAAAAAAUAAAAGUUGUUCAAGCUGUU